GCCCAGCACACGCAUGUGGCUCCUUGAUUGGCCACGUGGUGCCUGCUGUUGAUGACGUGGCUGUCCAUGACGCACGGACAGGGGUUCCGCCAGCAGAGAUUGAAGACGAGGAUAAACAUGGCGGCGCAGCACUCCGGGAACGUGAUGGAGGUGGAUGGGGAGUUGCAAUGUGGAGAUAAUUUUUACUACACACAGAUCUACGAUACUAAUGAUGACGUCUGGUAUGGAGAGGACGAUGGGCAUGAUGAGGUGGACGUGGCCAGCUACUUCACAAACCUUUCUGCUGUCUACGUGGAGGGCGAGAUUGGUGACGAGGAGCAGGAAGAAGGAGACGGUGACAAUAGCGAAACAGGCGUGCUGGAUGAUGAUGAUGUCAUUGGCUACUUCGCGGUCAUCAAUUCGGUGUGUGGGGAGCGCAUACCAGAAAGGGACUAUCAGCGCGGGGAGUGGGAGUAUGGCAUUGGUGAAGUGAGAGGGUGGGACGUGGAGUGGGGGCAGAAGGCAACAGUGACACUACCGGUGACGACAACAGCACGAAUGUUAAUAUCAUCAUCUACAACAACAUCUAUUGAUGUUGACGAUGUCCCUCAGCCUCAGCGGGAUGCUGAGGAGAGGGUUUAUAUUGCCCUCAAUGAGGACGACGGGCUGACGGCUGUUGCUGAGAUGGGGAUGAUGGGAGGCAAAUAUGUCAGUAAGGGCGGGAAGGGUGUGCAGGGCGAGAAGGACAUCAACAACAUCGACAACGACGACGAAGACAACGACAACAACAGCAACAACAAUGAUAACGCCAAUGUGGAUGAGGGUGGAAAGGGUGGAAAGGGUGAAAAGGGUGAGGAGGGUGCAGCAACAGCGCAAGGAUUAACAACAAUCAAGGCAAACAACAACAACAACAACAAUAACAACAGCAAUGACGACGACAACAACAACAUCAACAACAACGGCGGCGAUGCUGGGGGUGGCAACAACAACAACAACAACAACAACAACAACAACAACAACAACAACAACAAUUACAACAACAACAAUGAUGAUGGUGGUAGUGACAACGAUGGUGGCGGCAACGAUCAUGGCAGAAGUAACAACAACAACAAUAACAGUCACGACAGCGGCAGCAGCAGGGUUGGGGAUGACAUCAACAACAACAGUGACGAUGGCGGUUGCGUUGACGACGGAGGCAGCGAUGACCACGGUAGCAGUGGGAUUGGGAUUGAUGUGGAUAAGAGAUCUGACAUCUCCCCCUCUCUGCCCCCUUUUAACUUCGUCGCCUGGUUGAGGAUAGGAAUGGGAUGAUCGUUGUUGUUUGUGUUGCCAAGUGAUGUUGAUUGGUGUUGCCCGGCCCGCAAUACCAAUCAACAAUCAACAAUCGA